UUAAUAUUUAUACAAUUAGCUGCCGAUUGUAGUUAUACCAAGUAUUACGAAUCAACUGAAAAAGCUCGCACCCAGAUUAUCAAUGACUGGAAUAGCGCCUCUGCAAUCUAUGAAAGUAGCUUCAAUAUUGCCCUAGGAAUAAUAAACAUCACAGUCAUGAGCGAAGUCUGUCCAACUACCCCAUCAACAGACACAGCAUGGAACACAGGCUGUUCGGAUUCUUAUACUAUCAGCAAUCGUCUAAGUGACUUUAGUCGAUGGAGAGGUACAAUGAGUGAAGAUGGUGCUGGUCUCUGGCAUCUCAUGACACAAUGCGCUACUGGUGUUGAAGUUGGUGUAGCUUGGCUCUCUCAGCUCUGCAACACAGAGGCAAAUUCACAGACACAAAGUGGUGUACGACAAUACGUUUCCGGCACCGGUGUAUCUUCCAUUAUUAGGGACGAAUGGAAGGUUGUGGCUCAUGAAAUUGGUCAUGGAUUUGGUGCAAUUCACGACUGUACAUCCGAUACCUGUCCAUGCAGUGGGUCUUCAUGUUCAUGCUGCCCACUUAGUGACACCCAAUGCAGUGCAGGUGGAACAUACAUUAUGAACCCGACAAGCAAUGUAUCUUCCAAUGCAUUCAGCCCGUGUUCAAUUACUACCAUAUGUGACGCAUUCCCUUCCUUAGGAACCUGUCUGGAAGAACCAAAUAGCAAAACCACACAAACUCUGCAGAUGUGUGGAAACGGAUUAAUAGAAGACGGCGAGGAGUGUGACUCGGGUGGAACUGAUACUGAUUGUUGCAAUGCGAAAACAUGUACAUUCAAAACCGGAGCUGUUUGCGAUGAUUAUAAUGACCUCUGCUGCAAUAAAUGCCAGCUACGCCCAAGUACCUAUUCUUGCAGACCAGCAAGUACUGAGUGUGAUAUCGAAGAGUAUUGUACCGGAAACUCGUCCUCUUGUCCCACUGAUUUAUAUUCUCCAAAUGGAGCAUCGUGUGGUAAUGGCCUCCAAUGUGCUUCUGGCCAGUGUACCUCCCGAGACACACAAUGUAAAUCGCGAGGUUCUUCGUUGAAUGUCACUUCAUCUUGCUCCUCAGCCAGCUCAGAAUGUCAAUUGUAUUGUAAUAAUCCUGAUGGAUUGGGCUGCCUUGUAUUCAAUGGUCAAUUUUUGGAUGGCACCAGCUGUGGCUCUGGUGGGUACUGCAAGAGCGGCUCCUGUGAUUUUGGAAGCACUAGCGACAAGGCCCUUUCUUGGUUGCGGGACCAUAAGAACAUUGCGAUUCCAGUAGGCAUUGUUAUUGGCUUGCUGCUACUUUCUUGUAUAUCCCGCGUUCUUUGUGUAGGCUGCCGUAGACGACGAACC